CGGGUGGUAAUGAUAGAAGAGAAAGUAAACAAAGGCCUUCUGAAAAAUCAACCGAGAUUUGUAUUUGACAAUGCUGGCAGUUCUUUCAAAAUAAAUGUCUGAAGAUAAACACGAGUUUGCCCAGCGAUAAAUUGCACGAGUUUUACUAAUUAGGUUUUUAGGGCCUAUUUAAAGUGUUUUUGUUCAGAAAUUUGAAUCAUUCCUCAUCUUUCAGUAUGGGUAAGAAGAAAUUUAUCGACAAGAAGAAAGCAGUUACUUUUCGAUUGGUGAACCGUAGUCAACAGGAUCCACUAUUCGUGGACGAAAAUGCUCCUCAGCAUGUGCUGGUGCCGAUAUCUGCACCAGAAAGAGAUAACCCGCGUUCUUCCGGAAUUGCAUCCAGAGCAUCUGAUUUCCCUUGCAAGGUUGAUAAAGAGAAACGCCGCAAUGAACAGGCCAAAUUCGGAAUCUACUUCGACGAUGAUUACGACUACUUGCAACAUCUGCGUGAGCCCGGUCGAAACGAAGUUUAUUGGGAACCAGUUCAAACGGCCAAAACGGCGGGCGCAGAAAAGGUCAGCAUACAACUGCCCAGUUCAGUAUUUGCAUCAGAAAUAGAAGAGAAAGAAGGUCUGAUGACCAAAAAGGCACAACAGAAACCAGGACCACGCCCGGACUGGGAUCCGGACGUUGUUGCCGCAUUGGACGAGGAUUUCAAUCACGAUGAUCCUUCGAAUCAGCUUGAGGACAACUUCAUGGAACUUGCCAUGGGUAGCGGCGGAGACUCGGACGAUGAGAAUGAUGAUUUGAUUGGUAAUGACACCGAUGGUGAUGAGUACGGAAGUGAUAUUGAUUCCAACGAGGCCGGAAUGACCGACGACGAUGAUGAAAGGCGUGAUGGUUUCGGACCACUGAGGUUCGAUCGGGAAGAAACCAAAUCUAGAUUCACGGAGUACUCGAUGAGUAGCAGUGUGAUUAGAAGAAACGAGCAGCUUUCUCUGCUUGAUGAUCGAUUUGAAAAGUUCUACGAACAAUACGAUGAUCCCGAGCUAGGGGCUUUGGAUUGCGAGGACAUUGAAGGACACGUAGAUAUCAACGAUGGUGUACUCAUGCAAUACGCAGAAGAGUAUCGGAAGGAGCGAGAUGAGAAAUAUGAUAUAGCCUACGAUAAGCAAUGGGAUAAGGAACGCAUUUUGAAACUGCAAGAGGUGUCUUCUGACGAAGAAGAAAUGAUUGAACUGGAGGUCGAAGACGAGUCACAGAAAAAAUGGGACUGCGAGAGCAUUCUUUCAACUUACAGUAACAUUUACAAUCACCCGAAAAUAAUUGAGGAACCAAAAAAACACAAAACGGCACCUAAAAUAACCAUAAAUCCUAAAACUGGAUUACCCAUGAAUGUUCUUGGUGCCGAUAGUGGUAAAUUAACCGAGAAAUCUCUUGCUAAGCUGGACCACGAAGAAAGCACUGCAUCAAAAGUCGGUACCGGACCGAAGUCACUUUGCGCCGGUAGUGUGAUUUCUACUUUGAGUGUACUUUCUAUACGACCGAAGGAUGAAUCACCGGAAGAAAAACGCGAACGGAAGAAGUUACUCAAAGAAUAUCGGUACGAACGAAGGAUAGAACGGAAGGCCAAUACAGCAUGUUUUAAGCAGGAAAAGAAACAGCAAGAAAGAAAUCAAAUCAAUAGUCGAGCCAAUGCUGGAGUUAAAAUUGUUUAAAAGCUAAAUGAAGAGUCGUUUAAUCAACUAUUAACAUGAUGGAGUAGAUUUUUCUAACGUCUAUACUAUUAAUAGAGAAUUAAAAUUCUUUUGUUGAGAAA